AAUUUUGUAAAUAAUGUUACAAUUAUAAGCCAAUUUUUUUCCAAAAUUAAAAUUAAAUAAAUGAAUAAAAAAGAUACUACAUGAUUCAAAUUUAAAUUAUUCAUGGGGAAAAGAUAACGACGGAGUGACCGGUUACCGGCUAUGCACGAGGUUCGAGUAAAAUUCAAAAGCAGAAGCCCUAGCCUUUAUAAGCGGGAAAUCGACUAUCAAAAGCCCUAACUUUUUCAUUUUGUUCCUCUGAAAGGUAAAGUUCUAGAAUACAGAGAGACGACGAGAAAAACCUAAAUCCCUCUUUCGCUAUCUGACCAUCAAGAGAGUGAAAGAGAACUAGCGAAAGAGUGAGUGACAGAUUUCAUCAAUGGCGGAGAAGCAUAAACCUCCUCUUAGCCUCAAUGAUCGACUCAAUCAGAGCCUCAGGAAGCCUCUUCAUCGUCAACAACCACAUCCAUCAUCAUAUGAAGAGGAAGCCCCUUCCAUUCCACCAGAAAUGACAGCAGAAGAAGAAGAAUCGAAACCGCAGAAGGUGAAAGUACAAGGUAGACGCCGCUUAUGUAAAUUCUCAUCCAAAGAAGGCGAUGAUGAUGAUGAUAGCAAUAAUCCAGUAGCAGGAUUUGAUGAUGGGGAAGGACCUAGUUUUGGUGGAAUCAUGGAUGCUUUUGAUUCACCUCCACCUAGAAUUAGAGAUAUUGUUGAUGAGUUGAGUUCUAAACUUGAUUUUUUAUCUAUGGAGAAGCCCACAAGGAAAGUUGUUGCCACUGGUGGUGGUGGUGAUGGUGGUAAGGUGGAUGAAGAUAUCUCUUAUACAAGUAUUGCUUCUCAACUUCAAACUUCAUCCCUUCGUUUUACCAAUAAUACCCUAACCCAAAAAGUACAAGACCAGACUGCAAAUGGAAAUGUUGACCCUGAGUUUGGAAGUGCCGGUUCUUCAUUUUCUAAUUCGCCUGAUGUUCCUCCCAAUAGCUUAUUGGAAAAGGUUCAUUCUCAAUCUAGGAUUAGUUUUGUAAAGAGUGAAGAUAUUCAACAGAAGAAGGAUAGUCCCAAAAUGGAUGAAACUGCUGGUUUUAAAGUUUCCGGUGGAGAAGAUGAUAGUGAUGAUGACUGUAUUGUUAUAAGCAAUAAAACAUCAAACAAGCUGCGAGAAAUAGUACCACAGACUCGAGCUACUGGUUUUGUUAAGGAAGAGCGUGAGACUAAUUUUAUCUCUGAUGACGAUGAGGAUGAGUAUCAUGAUGUUUUAGAUAAAAGCGUUCCAUCUGAUUCGUCUGCAGAAACUUAUGUGCAUGGGGAUCCUUUUAUUUUGAGUUGGAAGACAUCAAAUUUCACCCUUCCUGGUGAAAUUGCAAAGAAGUUGUAUCCACAUCAACUAGUUGGUUUGAAAUGGUUGUGGUCUCUUCAUUGUCGGGGGACUGGUGGGAUUUUGGGAGACGACAUGGGCUUGGGGAAAACUAUGCAGAUAUGCAGUUAUUUAGCAGGACUCUUCAACUCACACUUGAUUAAAAGGGUUUUGGUUGUAGCCCCUAAAACACUUAUUCCUCAUUGGAUCAAAGAGCUGUCGGUUGUGGGUCUUUCUAGGAAGACAAAAGAUUAUUAUUCAACUUCGUUGAAGCUCCGCGAUUACGAGCUUCAGUAUGUACUGCAGAAUUCAGGUAUUCUUCUCACGACAUACGAUAUUGUGAGAAACAACUCAAAAUCCAUAAGAGGUGGCGGGAGCUAUAACGAUGAAGAAAGUGAAGAGAGCAUCAUCUGGGAAUAUGUAAUACUUGAUGAGGGGCAUAUCAUCAAGAACCCCAGUACACAAAGAGCUAAAAGUUUACUUGAGAUACCUUGUCCUCAUCGCAUUGUUAUUAGUGGCACACCAAUACAAAACAAUCUGAAGGAGUUAUGGGCCUUGUUUAGCGUCUGCUCCCCUCAACUUUUGGGUGACAAGAAAGAGUUCAAGGAACGGUACGAGGCUAAAAUUCUCCGUGGAAAUGAGAAAAAUGCGACAGAUAGAGAAAAGCGUAUUGGUUCUACAGUUGCGAAGGAAUUAAGAGAACAGAUUGAACCAUAUUUCUUGCGUCGCAUGAAAAGUGAAGUGUCCUUCGAAAAUGGAGCAUCACAAAAUGCUAAACUUUCAGAGAAGAACGAGAUCAUUGUUUGGUUAAAGUUAACCCACUGUCAGCGGCAACUGUACGAAGCUUUCUUGAGUAGUGAGGUAGUUCUGUCAUCAUUUGAUGGGUCCCCAUUGGCCGCAAUAACGGUAUUGAAAAAAAUAUGCGACCAUCCUUUACUUUUGACAAAAAGAGCUGCAGAAGAUGUACUGGAAGGGAUUGACCCUACAACUAAUCAGGAGGAAAUGGGCUUGGCUGAACGAAUUAUCUCACAGUUAAAACAUGGGUCCGAUAUUGAAGAUGCUGAAAAGAUAAAUGACAUGAUCUCCUGCAAGAUAUCUUUUAUCGUAACUUUGCUGGAGAACUUGAUUCCGAAGGGUCAUAAUGUUCUGAUCUUUUCCCAAACUCGCAAGAUGUUAAACCUUGUUCAGGACGCCAUACUCGCUAUAGGUUACAAUUUCUUGCGAAUUGACGGUACUACAAAAGCUGUUGACAGACAGAAGAUAGUGAACGAUUUCCAAGAAGGUCGUGGAGCUCCAAUAUUUCUUUUAACGUCUCAAGUUGGUGGUCUUGGUCUCACCCUUACAAAAGCAGACCGUGUUAUUGUGGUUGAUCCCGCGUGGAACCCGAGCACGGACAACCAAAGUGUCGACCGUGCAUACCGAAUUGGCCAGAAGAAAGAUGUCAUUGUCUACCGCCUUAUGACGUGUGGCACCAUAGAAGAGAAAAUAUACAAAAUGCAGGUAUUCAAGGGAGCUUUAAUGAAAUCUGCGACAGAGCACAAAGAACAAACACGAUACUUCAGUCGGCAUGAUCUACAAGACCUUUUCAGUCUCCCGAAGCAGGGAUUUGAUGUUUCACUUACUCAACAACAGUUGCUUGAAGAGCAUGAUUCCCAGCAUCAAAUGAGCGACUCUUUGAAAGACCAUAUAAAGUUUCUCGAGUCUCAAGGAAUAGCUGGAGUUAGCCACCACAGUUUACUUUUCUCCAAGACAGCACCUGUACCAGAAGAUGUUGAGGUGCCCAGGAGUAAUGAAACUUAUUUUGUGGGGACAACCUCUUCAAUUUCUUCAGUGGAGCACAACAUUGAUAAGCCAGAGUUUGCGUUUAAUCCGAAAGACGUUAAAGUGACGCGGAAAAAUUCACCUGCAGUUGUAAAAAGUCCCACAGAGUCAGAAGUUAAGGACAGAAUCAAUCGUCUAAAUCAAACAUUGUCGAAUAAGGGUAUAAUCUCAAAGCUGCCAGAUAAGGGACAGAAAAUAGAGCGACAGAUCGUUGACCUGAAUUUGGAGUUGGAUAAGAUUAAGAUGGCUAAAGAAAGCAACAAAAAAGAAGUCAUCGACUUGGAUGAUCUCUCUGAUGGUUUUCAAAGAGUAUCUGUAUAGAGGUUAUUGGUAUAGGGUAUAGACUAUAGAACACAUGAAAACCAAAACUUUUUAGAACCUGGGCAUUCAGAAGAGCUUGUUUCUGUAGUCUGGGAUAUGUUUAUUUUGGACAAAUUGAACGUCGUUUGAGAACCAUCAAGUGGCCUGAUGGUUCUCAUGCUCCCUUCCUUGGAGGAGGUAAGGGUUCGAACCCUGGACCUUGUAAUUGCUAGUAGUAUUUAGGGUCCACUACCCAUAAAAAAAGAAAGAAAAAAAAACGUCACUUGAGCAGGCAGCAAAAUCUAAUUAUCUAUUAGAUAUUACAAUGCUCUUUUAAGUGAAGUCGGUUAUUAGUAAAAAGUCGAACGGUUUAUUAGUAAAGACGGCAAAUGACAAUUUUCUUAUCAGAUUUUUUUUUGUAUCUUGUUAUAGGUGCGGCAUGGUUUAUUAGAAGGACGACAAUGUGAUAAUAGUGUCCCUCUAGUUGGUUAGGAGGUGUCCAAAUUGUUUUGUAAAUUGUCUAGAUUACCUUUCCCAUGUUUUAACCUAAAUCAAAGCUAAAUUGAAAAUUUGUUUUCCUUCUUCUU